AUGGCCACCGACAACCAUAGCAGCAAAAGACUAACUGCUUCCCGGCCUUCCUCCAUCAUCAGCACCCUCGGAGACGACGACGAUCUCCUCGUCGAAAUUCUGAUUCGACUCCCGGGCCCUAAAUCCGCCUUCCGAUGCAAAUCCGUCUGCAGACGCUGGAACGCACUAAUCUCCGCUCCCUACUUCUCUCGCCGCUUCGUUUCUCACCACCAGAGCCUCUCCCCCGCCGCCGCCGCCGCCGCGGCAGACGAAUUCGAACAUCCUGUCCUGACUCCCUCGCAAGUCCGUCCACUGAUCUCGAGCUUCCUCCCUUUCCCCGACGGGACCGAAUUCGAGUUCUCCGUCCUCGAUUCGGUCAACGACUUGCUCUUACUCGGGUUCUGGGGGAAGGACCCGACCGAGCAGGAACUGCGCAGGACGCACUUGGUCUGCAAUCCGUUUACGAAGCAAUGGGCCGCCCUUCCUUUGGCCCCUAAAAUGGCCGCAUGGCCUAGUCGCUAUAGAUGGAUCGUGAAAUUAUUAGUCCGCGAACCGUUAUUUGACUCCUCCCACGUCCCUUGUGGAUUUCGGGUGGUGCGAAUGUAUAAUCCGAUGCGACGAGGUGCAGCAAAAGUGGAUGUGUACAUGUUUUGUUCGAGAUCCGGACGAUGGACGAAAUCCGUCCUUCGUCUCGAGCCCGAUUUGAGGUGUUGGACGAAUGAUGAUCAUCAUCGUCGUGUAGUUUCAACCAAUGGGAAGUUGUACUGGCUGAAUGACAAAGGAGGAGUUGUAAAAUGGGAUCCUUUCUGCCAGCUGGACUAUGGAUUUCCAAUAUUAUUAGAGGGCUGCAAGCUCGAUUCGGAAUCCACUUGCUACGGUCCUUGGGUCUCAGAAGGUGCUGUGCACAUAGUUUGCAGGAAAUCGUAUUCUGCUGUGUUGAGUGUUUGGAGAUUAAUGGAGGACGAAAAGGGAGGAGGAUGUUGGAGCCAACAGUACGAAGCCCUGUGGCCACAGCCAUGGUCUAACAACUUGAGGUUCGAAAUCGCGGUUGGUCUACAUCCUCGGAAGUCGGAAAUCGUGUUUUUGUUGGAUUAUCAUCUUAAUUAUCGAAAAUCCACUAUUUUGUCGUGGAAUUUAAGAAACGGCGAGUUAGAAUUCGUCGCACAUCAUAAUAAAGAGGCACAAUUCUUCUCUUCUCGAGAUGACAAGAUGUUCCAACCCAGAUUCGCAUUUUGGCCUAGUUUGAUUGCAAGCUACGAGAUGUUGCGAAAUCCGUAUAAUGGAAGUUAUGAUUGUUGGCUUCCAUCACGAGGCAAAUAA